CCCUUACACACUAGUGUAACCGUGUGGAAGUUGGCUUCGCGCCGCAUCGGGCGUUCGUGGUCGCGCAGUUGUGAACGGUGAAUUCCCUGAAGGUCCUCGGCAUCAAGGUCACUCGAAGUAACGUUAUUCUUGGAAAUUCUUCCCACCGAGACCGCUUUCUUCCGACAGCCAGCGCGGCCGCAUCAACAGACCAAUGGCGCCCGCGAUCACUGCAUCCGCGUUGCGACUGUCGUACCCCUUAUACGCCCUCGGCUUCGACCCCGAAGAUGCGGAUUGCCUUGUGAUCGGCGGCGGCGGAGGAGCUGCCAGAAGCGGGGUUGGGAAUAAAGUGAGCGUACUAGAUGCGUCACGCGAGGAUUCUCUGCAGGUCGUCUCAGAGCUUGAACUGAGCCGCGAUGAGGAUAGCGUCAACACCCUGGCUGUCGGCCCGCGCACGAAGAACUCACUGCUGUUCUAUGCGGGCAUUAACUCAUCCGAGGAAGAUUUGAAGAAAGGGAAGAACGAACACUUUAGAGUAUUCGCUGCCGACCUACCCUCCACAGCAAAGGCCGAACCCAAGAUCGCCGAACUGUCGCGGUCCGCCUUGUUCUCGACUACCGACGCCGACACAUAUCAAAGGUUGUUGAGCAUAUCGGGUCAGGUUGGCGCAGCCGCAACGGGCACAACAGGGCGCGCCAAGGAUGCGCAGAUUGCUGUGUUCAACCUUCCGCCGGCGGGCGGCAACAGCCCGGCGCCCAAACUCAGAGGCACACUGGAACUCACGAAGGAAGCUAUGGAUAUGGACAUGACGCAGGUUUCCGUCGACGAGCACCAGCUCGUGUAUUGCGACGACUAUAACAUCUACACCGUCAUCGUCGGCAAGACAGAUACCACUGGGCCACACCGCGUCUUCACAGUACCGGACGAUGGCUCCAGCGGAGCGGCCCGUCCCUCAUUCCGGUGCAUGCGCUUCCUCACUCCGACCUUUGUGCUUGCAGUCGCAAACAAGCCGAAGGCCGGCGGGGUUGUGCUUCAGGGCUUUCGCCUACCAAAGUUAUCUGACCUUGGAAAGGAAGAGAAGGAAGGGAGCGCUAGGCUCGCUAUUUCUGUACACCUUCCCAAGACGGUCGCCCGCGCCACGGGCAUGGCAGUCCGCAACCUCUCCCCACCCGCUACCGCCUCGACGAAACAGAGCGAUGCGCAGUUUGUCAUCGCUGUGACGGGCCAGGAUGGCUCCAUCCUGAUCUACACGCUCGAGCACCAAACCGUGGGCGACGUCAACCUCAUUACCAACCUGCACCCCGUCACCACCCUCAAGGACGUCCACCUCGGCCCCAUCUCAGGCCUCGCUUUCUCACAUUUCACGCCGUCCUCCAAAGCCUCAGCGCCAGCCACAUCGCCGAAAUCACCACAAAGACCACCCCACCUCAAACUCGCCUCCAUCGGCUCGAUGGGCAACACGUGCGCAGUCCACUCCCUCCCGCUCAAGAAGCUCACCACCACCAGCACCGCGACCAAACAAACCACCACUCGGUACGUCCUCGGCCUCAAGAGCCGGCCCCCCUCCCCGACAGCCCUCUUCCUCGGCUUCGCCAGCUUCUUCGCCUUCCUUGCGCUCUUGCUACAGGCCAUUCUAGAGAUAAAGGGGCUCUCGCAGCCCGUAAUCGGCGCGCGGUCCCUCACGCCCGUGAGCUGGCACGCUCCGGGACGCUACUACGGAAUCGCCGAGUCGAAACCUCCCAUGACCCCUCUGCCGGGCAGCAUCCUGGAGCAGUACCGGGUGCUCGCUGCUGCCGAGGAAGAGAGAGAGUUGCGGGAGAGCAAGCGCGUGAUCCUGCACCACGGCGGCGAGGGGGACGGCGUCGUGAGGGUUGAGGCGCUGGACGCGGAGCGGCACGGCGAAGCGAGGGAGUGGGAGGACUUACAGCCUUCCCAGAGGGAGGCGUGGAAGGAGAGGCUCAAGGAGGCCGGGCAUUGGGGCGAGGAGAUGGGCGAGGCCGUGUUCAAGGGCGUGCUGUUUGGGCAGAUUGCUGGGGCUGUGGGUGCUAUGAUUUGAUCUGAUGAGGUAUGGCGGACUGUAUGUAUGAGCGUUGGAUGGAUGGAAAUGAAAGGGUGGCAUGUUGUACUGUUGUUCUAAUGCGGGUGUAUCUGCCGAAGCUGAUCGAGGGAGGCUCGUGUGUGUAAGAUAGCCAACCUUAUCACUCGCUUCUCCUAUCCCCUCGGCCUGGCCUUGCGGGGUGCAGAAGGUUGUUUUAGGAUACGAAUGUUCAUCAAUCUAGAUGGACAAGAAAGGGCCCGAGUACGAAGAUAGAUCUCAGCCAUUUUACAAGACUAAGAACUGUCGUCACAGCAACCGUUACUACAGAACAUC